AUGCCUGACGAUAACAAAUACUAUAUUUCAUACAACAACAUUCACAAACUAUGCCAAAAAACGGCUAAGGAGAUAAUGGCCAGGAACGAAAGACCUGACAUUAUAAUCGGUAUAUCUGGAGGUGGACUAAUUCCUGCCAGGAUUAUUAGAUCUUUCUUGAAGAAGAAAGGUGAGAAAAAUAUACCGAUCCAAGCGAUCGGUUUGUCCUUGUAUGAAAACUUGGGACUAGACUCCCAAGUGGACACCAUUGGGAAAUCGGUUGUCAGAACACAAUGGCUGGAUUUCGGUGCCCUAGAGGAACAUUUCGAUUCUUUGAUUGGAAAGAGGAUCUUGAUCAUCGAUGAAGUCGAUGACACGAGGACCACACUGCAUUAUGCGGUAUCUGAAUUACAAAAGGAGGUUGAAGAUCAACAGAGAAAGUUGAACAGAUUGAAUGAGAUUACGAACCUUUCCGUGUUCGUUCUUCAUAACAAAGAUAAGCCAAAGAAGGCCAACUUACCUGAGGAAAUGAUGAACUCGCACCAUUAUAUCGCUGCGGAGACUGUUCCAGACAAAUGGCUGAUCUACCCCUGGGAUGCAGAAGAUAUUGAAGAGCACACGCAAAUGGCUAUUCAACAGGGUCAUAACUGA